CAUGGACUAUCUAAACAAUCUGAACGUCUUCAAACGGCGUCGUAACAUCUCGUCGACCGAUUCGUCAUCGGCCGUCUCGUCACCGGCCACACCGUUACCGGCGACUAUCGAUGGUGCCGCUAGCACGUCCGGGCACGAUCCCUCCAAUGGAUCCGGAACUCCGCAGCGCAAGAAGAAAAAGAAGAAGAACCGUAAGCGUACUAUUUCCGUUGUUCCCAUUAGCGAGGUGACGGAAGCAUCGCUGGAGCUAUGGCGCACGUUACCACCGAAGAUUCGCCACGAUCCGAGCAUGGUGUCCUUUCAGCAGGUUGAACUGGAGCAUGCCCGACUGCACGGCGACUGUCAUGAGGAUUCGUUUCCGGAAAUUCAAGGACUAGAGGAGGACGGUGCCGAGGAGGACGACGAUGAGGAGGAGGAAGAGGAAGACGAGGAGUACGAGAAUGAGUUCAUCACCAUCAACGUCACCAAUGAGGAGGGUCAAAACAAGGAAAUAGGCCACGUAAAGGAAAAGAAAGAAAUACCGAAACCACACGUCCAUCAUUUGGCUGGGCAUUACAUCGGUAACAUCACCCCACCGAAGCACGACGAUAUCAACGAUACCGGGCAGAACAAUUUGGACGAGGACCAUCCCUUCCGGAAGUAUUCGAAAAUUAUCUGCCUAUUCAUCACUUGGCUGCUGAUUAUGUCGUUCAUGGUGGUGAAGGACGAGAAGCUAGUCGAACCGAAGCAUCUAUCGAUUUCACCCGGUAAAACGAAGGCAUACAUCUUACCCCAUCUGCCCCAGAGCACCAGAAUCAAGGUGACGCUCGAGGGUACGUUCCUGAGCGAACCGUACAGCAACAUUACUGAGCACUACCUGGAAGCAUAUCUGCAGAUGCUAUCCUCUACGCUGGAAAUGAACUCUACAGAAAUGUACUCAACCAGCUCGGCAAAGAACAUCAGCGACUCCUGGUACAUCCCGAUCGUGCAUCCGUACCUUUUCGAUAGUGCACCGAUCAUUAAGGAGCAACGUCUGUUCGACAUCAUCGACACUAACUACGAACAACUUCACCAACCCAACGGUGGCCUGGUCCGAUUAAUGAUUCGCAGUAACAUCCCAGCGAGUAUGCCGGUUGCGAUCCGGUAUGAUCAGUCACCUGUGAACCGCGACGUCGGUGUCAUCUAUGCCGCGUUCGUGCUUAUCUUCCUGUACGUGUUGAUCAUCUGGGAGAUUGUGCAUCGUACGUUUGCGGCUGUGAUUGCCUCCACAUUAGCUAUAUCGAUCCUGGCUGCGCUGAAUGAUCGUCCCACGAUGGAGGAUAUUAUUGGGUGGAUUGAUGUCGAGACGAUUUUGCUACUGUUCUCGAUGAUGAUCUUGGUGGCGAUUCUGGCCGAGACUGGAAUAUUCGACUUUCUGUCCGUGUACAUCUAUAAGAUAACGAACGGCAAGAUAUGGAGUCUUAUACACUGCCUCUGUUUAUGUACGGUGUUGAUAUCUUCGUUUUUGGACAAUGUCACAACCGUGCUUUUAAUGGCUCCCAUUACAAUACGACUAUGUGAAGUAAUGGACAUGAAUCCGGUACCUAUUCUGAUGGCAAUCACUGUGCAUGCCAACAUCGGCGGCACGACUACACCUGUUGGUGAUCCACCAAACAUCAUCAUUACAUCGAAUCAGUACAUACUGAAACACGGCGUUACCUUCCUCACGUUCACCGCGCACAUGCUGGUCGGAGUAAUUAUCGUAGUCAUCACCACCAACAUCCAUCUGCGCAUCAUCUACAAGAACAUCAACCACCUGCGUAUGCACGAACCGAAAGAACUUAAAGAGUUGCGGCGCAAUAUUAAGGUGUGGGAGCGUGCUGCCGGUAAGAUCCCACCGUACUCCAAGGAUGCCAACAUAGUGCGCGAAACGCUCAUGAAGAAGGUAAAACUGUUGCGCCACCAGUACAAGAAAAAGAUGACGAAAGGCACAGUACCGGAGGAUAUCUACCGGUCCACACUGGAGGAGCUACAGCGGGAGCAUCCGAUCAAGAACCGUCCGCUGUUGAUCAAGUCCGGUAUAGUGUGCGUGUUUAUAGUGUCGCUGUUUUUCCUCGAGUCAAUUCCGGAACUGCGUCGCCUGUCCUCUGGUUGGGCCGCAUUGCUCGGCGUGGUACUUCUGCUGAUCAUCUCGGACAAGAACGAUAUGGAUGCAGUUCUGUCGAGGGUAGAGUGGCCAACGUUACUCUUCUUUGCCGCCAUGUUUACGCUGAUGGAAGCGGUGGAGCGGAUGGGUUUGAUCGAUUGGAUAGGACAUGCGACGGAAACGAUCAUUCUUUCCGUGUCAGAAGAUCUUCGGCUUGCUGUGGCGAUCAUUAUAAUACUGUGGAUUUCGGCCCUAACGUCCGCGUUCGUCGAUAGUAUACCGGUGACUGCCAUGAUGGUGAAGAUAGUGGUCGCGUUAUCCGAGAAGGCGUACCUAGGGUUACCGCUACAGCCGAUGGUUUGGGCGUUGGCAUUCGGACCGUGUCUCGGCGGUAAUGGCACAUUGGUCGGUGCGUCUGCAAACGUUAUAUGCGCAGGUAUCGCGGAACAGCAUGGCUAUCGAUUCAGCUUUAUGGAUUACUUCAAACUUGGAUUCCCGAUCAUGUUGGUCAGCGUGCUGGUCACUACCGGGUACCUGAUAAUGGCUCACGUUGUCUUCGCCUGGCACUAG